GGUUUUUGUGAGAGUCAAUGUUAAGCUAAUGUCGUGUUUCCAAAUAUGAGAGAGAGAGAGUGUGUGUAGAAUAGGUUUAUUUAUUCUGAAUUGAAAUUUUCUCCUUUUUCUUUCUCGAUAUUCUUUUUUCUUUUCUUUUUUUUGAAUUUUAAAUUUAAGAUGAAAAUCGUACAGUGAAGAUAGUAUCAUACAUAUGUGCCUUGAUUGCUAUUCAGGUUUCAUGUGGAUUGUGUCUAUGGCUUGUUACUGAUUAAGGUCAUUUGAUUCUCCUUCAAAUUCAUUUCUCCAACAUUAUUUUUUUCCCCCUUCUGGUUAGUUUAUUGUAGUUGGGAGUUGAAAAUUUUGGGAUCUGCGGUCUAGGGUUUGAGCUUUUGACUUCCUCACUUCUUGGGUUUCUUUUCAUUUUCUCAGAAAUUGAGUAUUGAUAACCUAUUCUUGGUUCUGGAGGAGGAAAAAACAUGCUUUUUGUCCUUGUUGGUUCACAUGAAAUGGUGAUGAGGUGAAGGAAUUGAAGCUCAAUUUGUUGCAGGUUUAUGGGACAAACCCUCUUGAUGGUGUUGUAUGUAGUUUCUCAACAAAGCUUGCUUGUUGGUUAUUAUCCCUGAUUGCUUUGUGUGAGAGUGUAUAGAAGAAAGCUAUAAUGCAUCUUUCACUGUGGAAGCCCAUUUCUCACUGUGCUUCUCUAAUCAUGGACAAGAAGAGCAGGAGGAAAGUUGAAUCCACGGCCGACAUAAAAAGAAACCCGUCAAUGCUGCGGAAGUUGCAAGAAAACAAGCUGAGGGAAGCUCUUGAAGAAGCUUCCGAAGAUGGAUCACUCUCCAAAUCGCAGGACAUGGAACCUGAAACUGUUGGGAACCAGGAUGAGAGCCUCGGGAGAUCCAGAUCACUGGCCAGGCUGCACGCGCAGCGCGAGUUCCUUCGCGCCACUGCCCUUGCAGCUGAACGCACGUUCGAGUCUGAGGAGGAAAUUCCGAGCCUCCAAGAAGCAUUUUCCAAGUUCCUCACUAUGUAUCCCAAAUAUUUGUCCUCAGAGAAAGUUGAUCAGUUGAGGACCGAUGAAUAUUCCCAUUUGCCACCCAAGGUAUGUCUUGAUUAUUGUGGAUUUGGUCUCUUCUCUUUUGUUCAGACCAUUCACUAUUGGGAGUCUUGUACAUUUAGCUUGUCUGAGAUAACUGCAAAUUUGAGUAAUCAUGCACUUUACGGUGGUGCUGAGAAAGGAACUGUUGAGCAUGAUAUAAAGGCUAGAAUUAUGGACUACCUAAAUAUCCCGGAGAGCGAAUAUGGCCUUGUUUUUACUGUUAGUAGAGGAUCGGCUUUUAAAUUGUUGGCUGAAUCAUACCCUUUUCAAACGAACAAAAAACUGUUGACAAUGUUUGAUCAUGAUAGCCAGUCUGUUAAUUGGAUGGCUCAAUGCGCCAGAAACAAAGGAGCAAAAGUGUAUAGUGCAUGGUUUAAGUGGCCAACUCUCAAACUCUGCUCUACUGAUUUAAGAAAACAGAUUUCCAAUAAGAAGAAGAGGAAGAAGGAUUCAGCUACCGGUCUUUUUGUGUUCCCAGUUCAGUCUAGAGUAACUGGGGCUAAGUAUUCAUACCAGUGGAUGGCCUUGGCGCAGCAGAACAACUGGCAUGUCUUGCUUGAUGCCGGGUCGCUAGGCCCCAAGGACAUGGAUUCGCUUGGCUUGUCCCUUUUUCGGCCAGAUUUUAUAAUUACAUCAUUUUACAGGGUAUUUGGUUAUGAUCCCACAGGUUUUGGUUGUCUUCUGAUCAAGAAAUCUGUGAUGGCAAGCCUUCAAAAUCAAUCUGGGAGCACUGGGUCAGGUAUGGUGAAGAUUACCCCUGAGUUUCCCGUGUAUUUGAGUGAUUCUGUAGAUGGUUUGGAUAGAUUGGCUGGGACUGUAGACAAUGAAGUCAAUGGAGCUGGUGAUAAGACAUUUGAACCUCGCCAGGGAUCACAAUUGCCUGCUUUCUCCGGUGCAUACACGUCUGCACAAGUUAGAGAUGUAUUUGAGACUGAAAUGGAUCAUGACAGUUCUGAAAGAGAUGGAACCAGCACUAUAUUUGAAGAAACUGAGAGUAUAUCUGUUGGAGAAGUGAUAAAGAGCCCUGUCUUCAGCGAAGACGAGUCAUCAGACAAUUCCUUCUGGAUUGAUUUGGGUCAGAGUCCAUUGGGGUCCGACAGUUUAGGUCAAUCAAAUAAACUUAAGAUAGCUUCUCCCUUGCCACCAUUCUGGUUCAGUGGGAGGAAGAACCAGAAGCAACAUUCUCCAAAAUCAUCUUCCAAGAUGUAUGGCAGUCCUAUGUAUGAUGACAGAGAGGUAAACCUUGGUUCUCAUGACGAACAGCGUGUGCUGUCAUUUGAUGCUGCUGUCCUAAUGUCACAAGAAUUAGACCGUGUCAAAGAGGUCCCCGAAGAAGAGCAAUUUGAGGAAGCUAAUCAUUAUCCAAUAAAUGGAAAUGGUACAGAUCAUCCGCAUGUCCGUGAGAUAAUGGAAGAACCUGGAACUAGUGAAGCAACUCAGAAUGGAUCUGUUGCUCUAAGAGACUCUUGGCUCAAUAACUCAACUUCUCUUGCUCGGCAACAAAGCUUGGAAAAUGGCUCUUGCUCUGAUAUAAAAGAGAGUGCCAUAAGGAGGGAAACUGAAGGUGAAUUUAGGUUGUUGGAUCGGAGAGAAGGCAAUCGUUAUGGUGGUGGUAGGUUGUUUGGUUUGGAAGAUGAUGAACACAAUAGCAGAGGAAGAAGAGUGUCGUUUAGCAUAGAAGACAAUCAGAAAGAGCACCUAAGAGAGACCAUGGAGACGGGGGACAUAUCUGCGACUAGCUUAGAUGAUGAAGAGGUCUCAAGUGAUGGAGAAUAUGGUGACGGACAAGAUUGGGGCAAGAGGGAACCUGAGAUUGUAUGUCGAAAUAUUGAUCAUGUUGAUAUGCUUGGUCUUAAUAAAACUACACUUAGACUUCGGUUUUUGAUAAAUUGGCUUGUUACUUCACUACUGCAACUGAAGUUACCAGUUUCAGAUGGGGAUGAAAAAAUAAACCUUGUUCACAUCUAUGGUCCAAAAAUAAAAUAUGAAAGAGGUGCAGCUGUGGCUUUCAACCUCAGGGACAGAAGUAGGGGGCUAAUCAAUCCUGAGAUUGUUCAAAAGCUUGCUGAAAAAGAAGGAAUCUCUCUCGGCAUUGGUAUUCUUAGUCAUAUACAGAUUCUUGAUAACUCAAGACAGCAGCGUGGAGCUUUUAAUCUUGAAGACACAAAACUUUGCAGGCCUAUGGAGAAUGGUCGCCGUGAUGGAAAAGGUAGCUUUGUGAGGCUUGAAGUUGUCACUGCGUCACUGGGAUUUCUUACAAAUUUUGAGGAUGUAUAUAUAUUGUGGGCAUUUGUGGCAAAGUUUCUUAACCAGUCAUUUAUCAGAGAAGCCGGUCUUCCUACUGUUCAAGAAGGCUCUGAGACAUGAGAUGGCAAAGUAGUCGCCCGUGACUUUAUUCAAUUUUGGCAAAGUCUCCGGCCAGAACUUGCAGGGCCACUGAUAAUUUGUAUGCUGCUAGAUAAUGAGAUAUACUUAUCUCUGGCAUCAAAUCCCGAUAAACGAGACUAGCUGGUGGAUUUGUUAAUUUAUGUUUCUUGUUGCUUACAAUUAUUAUUUUCCUCUUAGUUUUUAUUUUUUUGAGCUGGUUGUAGAGUUGGCUUUAGAGAGUUGUGACAUAUUGGGUAGCCAUAAUGUACUUUGAAGCAAGAAUGCAAGAUUGAAUACUGCUAAAUAUUGUGCCUCUGUUGCAUACAAUAGGAUUACCAUCUUUUGUAAAAAGGUAGUGUUCAUUUUCAUGCUAUAUAGUUUAUAGUUCCAUUCAGUGGGAGCUUUCUUUGUUGACUUAAA